UUUUCAGUCAACCACGAUGGAUUCGCCCGUGUAUCCUUAUUCCGAACUUAUCUACCCGUCAUCAUCAACGUUUAUUGCAGUAUCUGGACCCCACAUACAGAUAAUAGACCCGUCGACGGGCAAAGUUGUAUCUUCAUCGACGAGCUUUCCUCCUGAGGAACAAAAGACAUUGUUGAGCUCUGGAACGAUAAGAUGUGCUGUGCUGGAUAACGAGAGAAUCCAUCUUGCGACCGUAGGGGAUGACAAAACACUUAGAGUCUGGAGUGUAGGAAACGGAGAUCUGAAAGUCGCAAGUGAAAGAGAAUUGCCUAAAAAGCCUACCAACGUUGCCUUCACCGCUGACGGACAGACCAUCUUGGUGUCAGAUAAAUUUGGCGACAUUUUCAGCUAUCCACUUGAUCCUCCCCCCAUCUCAAAAGUUGAAGACACGAAAGAAGAACAACGUGAUCGAACUUCUCUAGUUUCCCAUCCUUCUGCUUCCAACGGAACCCUAAUCCUUGGCCACACGUCCCUCCUUACCACUUUUCUACUUUCUUCCGAUGAGAAAUUUAUCAUCACAGCAGACAGGGACGAACAUAUCCGAGUCAGUUGGUAUCCGCAAGGAUACUGUAUUGAAACCUUCUGUCUAGGAUCCACUAAAUUCGUUUCCGCACUUCAUAUACUAAAGUCUGAUCCUUCCAUUUUGAUAUCAGGCGGCGGGGAUGCCGAGCUCAAAGUGUGGGAUUGGUUGUCAGGCCAGUGGAAGUGUGAUAUUCCGAUCUGGGAUGCGGUCAAGGACUUUAUAAUGGUAAAAACUAAGCCUUAUAAGAAAGGCAGAAAACCUGAUGACGACGAUGACGAACAAGAGUCGCCAGAGGGAAACAAGCGCAGGAAAAAAAGCGGUAAAGGCAAGGCAGCAAACAAGGAGCCAGAUCCCGCAGAUAUGGAUGUGGAUGUCUCGCAAGGAAAUGAAGACACUCCGAUUCUCGAAGAGGAGGCAUCAGCCAUUGCCGAAGAGGAGGCUACGGUCUUAGUCGUGCAGAAAAUCGAUUCAAUAGUGUGGGAGGACAGGACUUACAUUUUGUUCAGCAUCGUUGGCGGUACAGCUCUGUUCAUAACACAGUUCCCAACAGACGGAUCAGCUUCUGAAAUCCAGGCUUAUAACGUUCAUAAACCGGUUUUGGACUUUACUUUGACCUUUGAAGGAGCGGUGGCACCUAUCAUAUGGAUUUCUGUUGACGGCGCAUAUUCCGAAUCGGGUAUACCUACAUCUUUUGUUUUCCUGGCCCAAAUUGUAACGGGAGGGAAGCUAUCCGCAAUUCCGGAUGAUGCCUUACCUGUGCCUCAGAAGCAGAUUCUGUCAACGCUAAACUCUUCCCCGAUAUUAGCCUCAGCGAAUGAGUUGAAUGGAUUGGAUCUGUAUGGUGCGCUAAAAUCCAUGCCCAAAAACACUGGCGUCGAGCAUAAUCCCAUGCAUCGCCCGGAUAUCGACGAAGCAAGCGCUAGUGGUAGCCAAGUUAGAGGGAAGAAGGAACUAGGUAAAUUGAAGAGCAAACGGGCGGUGAUGGAGAAGCAAAGACAAGGGGAGGGUGAAAACCCGAAAACACCUGAAUAGCUAUGAAAUUUGAAUAACGAGCAGUGUUGAAAGAUCAAGGAUGUUAUGUUCGCAACGAAGCUUUCACUUAUGAAGCAGGUGUCUAGAAACCCUCUCGCAAGAAAAUGAAACUGCUGCCGGCGGUUUUUGAGUAAAAGUAUUGUGGGCAGGUUGUAUACUCAGUGCAGAAUGUGUUGCAUGACGAAAUCAAGAAAACCAAGUGGAAGACAGGUGGAUCACAUCGUUUCAGUGUUCGUUCAAGUGACCAUGGUUACAAGAGACAGAGUGUAGUAGUACCAACUUCCAAGGAAGUGAUCCGGCGCGUCUAGUAGAAGAACUGUAAAUCGUCCAAUUGAGUGGCUGGUAGCAACUUCGUACUGAGAGCCACAAGCGAUGUACGUCGUAACCGUGCCGAAUUUGAA